CAAGGUGAACGUUAUUACCUGGUAAGAUCAUUUCUGCAUCUGCCUGGCUUCAGCAGAACCGAUUUGCCAACAUCGAGUUGGUGUAUUAAACUUUGCUGCUCGUCGCAGAAAGGGCGAGUGCAUAAACUGCAUUCGUAAGCUCACCUGUGCAGAACUGGAAGGCGAAGCACUUGUUACCACCAGCAUGCACUAUACUGUCCUAGUACUUCUGUUGCACGUGGCUUUCGGGAGCGAAUUCCGCCACGAACAAUGUCCUCUGUGGGCAAAUUCGGAGUUUCUGGCGAAGUACCAAAGUGCUUGGAAGACCUUGAAUCAGACGAACACGACGCGAUAUUUCCUCACGAGAUCUACGUACAACAGCAACCCGGUGUGGGGCAAAAACUUCAGAUGUGUCAAUGUUCGGUCGGUUAAUGUGUAUCCGAAUCAGACAGUCGAAUCCUUGUUUACAUUCAAGAACGGAAGUGGCGACGAAAUAUACAAUGUCACUGACGUUGUUGGCGUUACGAGCACAUAUGGUUACCCUACAGACAACGCUAUUAAGUACACACUUCCGAAUGGAACGACCCUCAACGACAGCGUCAUCUUCACGGACGGCCAAACUUGCGAUAUCCUCAGUGUGCCAUAUGAAAAUAACGGGACAGGAUGCGAGUUGUGGGUCAAGCAGGAGCACCUCAGUGAAACUCCUCUUUGCUGCGACUUCAUCUUCGAUGCUUUUUGCGGAAAGGCUGGCAACUACACCGUUUACCACAAGGACAAUUGUUCGAACGUCCUUAACGUCAAAGAUACUUCUUCAAAUCCAACCGUGCAAGCUUCGUAACUUAAUCUGCUCCCCUAACUUUCUGCCUCCCCCUGCUGCUCUUGCCUUCUCUUGGAAUCGAGUUUGUUACUCUUAAUGACCAUCGGUUAUAUCCCUACAUGCCUUGCCUAUGCUCAUUGCUUGUUCUUAAUUUGGAUUUCUAUCCCUUGCUUGGCAAUAUUCAAACCGACCGGGUACUAUAGAGGCUCCUAUAUCAUUUCAGUAUAGAGAUAGCCUACACACCGAGCUUCUUGCAUGGCAUAACAAAAAGACACCAGCAGUGUGCAGAAAAUGUGGCACAGCGGACCAUGUCAC